AUGGAUGCUCUGGGCCCCAGGAGCGAGAGCGCCUCCCCAGCCUCCUCCACUCAAAGCUUGGACUUGAGGCGCCUGUCGGUGCGCGCUGACUCGGCCUACAGCUCCUUCUCCGCCGCCUCGGUGGGUCCAGAGCCGCGCACGCCGUCGCCGGAGGACUCGGAACCUUACCUAGACUGGGACUACGUGCGCGUGGUGUGGGGCGGCCCGGCCCGCGCCCCUCCGGCCUCUGGCCCUCGCGCGUGCCAGCGGCCCCUGCCGCCGGCGGCCACACUCUGCAGGCCGUGCCCUCCUGAGGCUCAGGGGCCCCCGGGUCUGCUCAGCAGGCAGGCCACCCCGCUGCUGUACGCGCUGGCGGCGGAGGCCGAGGCUGCGGCACGGACAGCGGAGCCGCCCAGCCCACCAGCCUCGCGGGCCGCCUACCGCCAGCGGCUGCAGGGCGCGCAGCGGCGGGUGCUCAGGGAGACGUCCUUCCAGCGCAAGGAGUUCCGCAUGAGCCUGCCCGCCCGCCUGCGCCCCGCUGCGCCCGCGCGGCCCUCCACGGCGCACCCGCGCUCAGCCUCGCUCAGUCACCCCCUGGGGGAGGCGGAACGGGCGCACUCUCGCGCUCCCACGCGGGAAACCGCCUCUCGGGGAUGCCUCGCCAGCCAACAGCGUGAGUGGUGCUUGUCUGAGCCAGGAAAGCUGGAUCGUAUGGGUCAGGGCACUGGGCCCCCAGCAGCAUGUCCCAGUGAGGCUCGUCCUGGCUCUGGUCUCAUGCAGCCCAAGCCCCAGGAUCUACAGCAUGGGGCUGAACUCGAAGGCCGCCAGAUGGGAUGGCUGCCCGGGAUCCAGCGCCGAGGCACAGCUGAUCCUGACCGUGGAUCUUUGAAGGUCCGCGAGGCUUACAAGCCUGUCAUUCGGAGUCAUGGCACUUCAAGCGAAGCCUUGGGCCAUUGGGGAGGCCCCGAUGGGGUCCUACCCUUUGUCCAGGCCAUCCCUCAAGGAGCAGGAUUGCCCAGGCCAUUGUGUCAGACCAAAGAUUCCAGGUUUCUGUCUCAGGAGGUGGUCGCAAUGGCCUGUCCUGCAAAAGGGCCCCAGGACAGCCCUGCUGACUGUGAGCAGAAGACCUGCAUCAGGUCGGCCCAGCUGCCCUCCCUGCGUGAUGAUGACGUUUUCCUGGAAGAAGUCCCCCUGGUUGGAAUAAGAGUACAUCAGGAUGCUAGUGGCCCCCAGGGGCUCCUAACCAGUGUCCAUGCUUCAGAUCAACACUAUGGAACUUGCCUGAACCAGAGGGCUGGCCAGGCUAUAAACAUCCCAGAAUCCCCUCUCCACGGGUACCCCGAGACUUCAGGGACAGACAACUGCUGGCAGAGGGUGAAUGGUUGUGUGGGUGAUUCCAGGAUCACACGCUUUAACCCCUCUGGAACUGCAAAUGGUGACAUGCCAACCACUGACCCCCCCAGACUGCUCAGCAGUGACCCUCCUGCAGCUGCAGAAAAUGACCCCCUGAAACCUCUUCCAGCUAAUGCCCUGGGACCUCCAGGCAGUGACACCCCAGCAUCUCCUGAUCAUACUGACCUGGCCUGGGGGACUGGAAAAUCUAGUUCCAGACCAACAUGGUCCAGUCAGCACCUCGAGGAGCUAGUGCAGGAGCUGGCCAAACUGGAUCCUUCUCUGAGUGAUGCUCUUGCCCCUCGUCCCAGCCCAGAGCCUCCCCUGGAUGUACUGGAAGGACUGAUUCCUUUAGCUGAGGUCUGGUCUGCAAUGGGGACAGCCUGUGGAGAAGCUGGAAAGGGACCUACUGAGCCAGGGUCCUGUCUGCUCAGCUCUGCCCAGCUCCCAUUGAUUUCUCAGAAGGAGGCAAAGCCUGAAAUCUCUAUCAUACACCCUAUACCUGACCAGCUGUGUGAUCAGGAGCUGCCUGAACCAACCAACAGCAUCCAGGCCAAGAAAGUGGAACUUGCUGACCUCCUCCAAAAAAUGCUGCAGGACCUUCAGGCAGAACAGGAGCGGCUGAGGGCUGAGGCUCAGACUUGUGCUAGGCACAAGGUGGCUCUAGAGUCUGUGAUGGAUCGGGCCUGCACACCCCAGGAAGUGGAGCGCUUCAGCAGGUUCAUGGCUGACCUGGAACGAGUGAUGGGCCUUCUGCUACUGCUGGGCAGCCGCCUGGUCCGCGUGCGUUGUGCCCUGAGCCGAGCAUGCAUAAACGGGGACCCUGAUGAGCAGGCCUCUCUGCUGCAGAGACUCAGGCUCCUGCAGCAGCAGCAGGAAGAUGCCAAGGAACUGAAGGAGCACGUGGCCCGGCGGGAGCGAGCCCUGCGCGAGGUGCUGGUGCAGAGGUUGUCCGCUAAAGAGCUCCACUCCUACCGCAGCCUGUUGGCUGCAAAGGCCGCUGUCUUGGCCCAGCAGCGCAGCCUGGAUGAGCGGGUCCGCCUCCUCCAGGAUCAGCUGGAUGCCAUCAGGAGUGACCUCGGCCCUUGCUUCCUGCCUUCCAGGCCAGCCUGGCCUCCAGGGACUUGA